GUCAAGUAUAAAACAUAUGGCAUUUUUAGCCCUAUUAAUUUUUAAGGUUUAGUUCUCCUUUAACCUCAGGCCCUAAGACGUGGCAGAAUUUCAGCACCCAGAAUGCCUUGACCAUUGAUUCUGUAUUUGAAGAUGCAAUUACUCAAGCAUUCAGGUAGCAGUUGUAGUCAUAAUGGAAGGGAGUGAGCCAGAAAAGCAAGAUUUGCUAAUACAAAUAGGAAUAAACAUAAAAUCCGAAACCCUUUCAGUUGAUUUGUGUCAGUAGGUCGGAGACCCUGACAACCCGUUGCAGGCUGGAAAUAAGCAGAAUAGGCAAAUUGAUAAUGCAAAGACCAUACAGAAUUAAUCAUGAAGACUUUAAAAUUGCUUAGAAUCCAUCUAUCAGAUGAAUACAAUAUAAGGGCAAACAUCCUCUUUAACUGGAUUCAUUAGCAGAGAGAUUAUUAUAAGAAGUUUAGCCAAUCAAAGGAAGCCAUCUCAUGGCAGUUUUUUUUUUUUUUUUUUAAUUUAUUAAAACAAAGUAUUAACAAAAUAGUGUUCUGCAGGAAUUGGAAGUGUCGUAUAAUUAAUUAACAUAGGAUAGAAAUGUUUUAAAAAGAGAAGCUUUGUGGAUGAUGGUAACCAUUUGGAGAUUAAUUGGUUAAAUUAAUUAUUUAUAUAUAUAUAUAUUUCCCUAGUCACCCAUGGCCAGCAUUCACCAAUGGGUUAAUCGCCUUCCAGGCCAAUGGACAGGACCUCCCCCAAAGUUUAAAUGGUCAGCCCCUUCCUUCCCACACUUGUCUUUUUUUGUCCUGUCCAGUGGCCGAUGGAUUACAUGGAACAUCAAGCAGGGGCUUUUUGCCUCUUAUCUAUCCCAGCGUGGGGGGUGGUUCUGGCUCUCUCUUUCCCCCCCCCGGGCGCUGGAAGUCCUAAGCUCCCCUGUGUAGGGGUUAGCUAUGGAAGCCAUAAGCGUUGGCACAGGAUUGCCAAAGGCCGCCUAUUGCCGCCCUGGGAUGGGCUAGGUAGAAGGCACACUAACCGUGGGGCCCUGCAGAGGUGCAGUAGGCCAAGGAUCCAUUUGGCGCCAGCAGUUCCGCUUACCAGGAGGAUAGAAGGCGCCCUAGUCACCGCCGCGGAGAAUGCGGCUAUGGAGCCGCUCAGCUUGGGGCCGCGUCCCUGCAGCAGAAACAGGAAGCGGAAGUGCGGGCGCCGCCAUCUUGGUUGAGGGCAUUUCGACGCGGAGCGUCAAAGGAGGCGCUGGCGCCAAAUAAGAUAAGUAUUCAUGGCGUUCGCCAUGUAUUAAGCAUGGGGCAUAUGGGAUAAGGCAGCAGAGAGGUCCCUAUAUGAUUUAUGCUGAGUAUCAGCGGGGCAUAAAUAGCUGCCAGCAAUUACCUGCGGGGGCCAUUUUGACUACAUGCAGAGAGCACAGAAGUCGGUCAGCAGUAUACACAUGGAUCCGGUGAUGCCUGCCAAAACACCCCAGCCUAAGGGGAAAAGGUGAGGUAAGGUACUGAGGAAGGAAAAAAGAGAGAGAAGCAGUAGCGGUACUAAUGGUUUUUAUUUGUUUUACCAGUCUUCCUGCCUCAGAAAAAAAGGAUAAAGCUCCGGAAAAGCAUACGCCUGCAACGAAAGUUCAGGAAGAACCAGUAGCACCAGUCAUGCAGACUCAAGCAUUUGCAGAUUCUCUGGCAGCAGUGAUCAAACAAGCUGUAGUGCAAGGCUUCCAGGAGGCAGCAGGUGCCCGAAAGAGACCCAGGCAGUCUCAUGCGAGACAAACUGAAUCAUUGUCAGAAGUGUCUGAAGGCGAGUUAACGGAUACGACUGGGAUCAUGUCUCCAUUGCUUUCGGAGGAAGAGGAAUUUGACUCAGAGGAUGAGUCAGGCUUUGACCUGGCUGUAAUUGAGCCGCUAAUAAAAGCAGUCCGACAGACCUUAACUUUUCCAACAGGAGCCACAAGGCUGUCGUCAGCAGAUAAAUUGUUUCCUUUAGUAAAGAAAAGAUCUGUGGGGUUUCCAGUCCAUGCCUCAAUAAAGGAGAUAAUGACUUCGGAAUGGAAGAAAAUAGAUAAAAAACCUCAAACAACCGGGAGAUUCUUAAGAAAAUAUCCCUUUGAGGAAGACGAAACAAAAUUUUGGGAUUCCACACCCAAGGUGGAUGCAGCCGUUGUGAGACUAGCUAAAAGAACCACUUUACCGGUAGAUGAUGCAGCGGUGUUCAAGGAACCCAUGGAAAAGAGAAUUGAAUUCAAUCUCAAAAAAGCGUAUGGAGCAGCAGGCUCCGCAUGCAGACCGGCAGUAGCAUUGACUUCAGUCUCACGGGCGUUGAAGGUUUGGCUGACUGAUAUAGAAGAGGCAGUAUCUUCUAAUGUGAAAAGACCUAAACUGGUCGAGAUGUUGGUGGAUUGCAAGAUGGCUAUCGAUUUCAUCUCAGAGGCCUCAAUUGAUUUAGUACAUCUUAUGGCUAGGUCCAUGGCACUCUCAGUGGCAGCCAGGAGGGCCUUGUGGUUGAAGCCUUGGGCGGCGGAUGCUGCUUCCAAGUCCAAUCUGUGCCAACUUCCCUUCGAAGGGGAUAUGUUGUUUGGAGACAAGCUAGAUGUCAUCAUCAAAAAAGUUUCUGGAGGGAAAAGCGUGUUUCUUCCUCAAGAAAGAAAGAACAAAAGGGGAAGAUAUGAACACCCGUCCUCCAGAGAUAGAGAGAGACCUUUUGGAGCCUCAAGGCAGUACAGGCCCGGUAGAGAGUAUUCGAGGCAGCCUUCCUGGAGGGCUGGGCGACAGGGAACAAGAGGAAAUAGUAAAAGGACCGGUGUUUUUUCCUCUUCAGCCUCCACCUCACAUCAGCAAUGAGGGUGUCCCGACUCAAGCGGGGGUGGGGGGACGGUUAUCCCUCUUCGCCCACGUUUGGGUCGAAAAUAUCCAGGAUCGUUGGGUGUGCAAGACGGUCCAGGACGGUUUCCAGUUGGAGUUUACAACGGUGCCGAAAAGAAAUUAUUUCCUAAACUCUUCUUUCCGAAAAUCGGGAGAAAAUUUGGUUCUCAUCCAGGAAUAUAUGAGUCAGCUGUUUGCCUCAAAGGCGAUAGAAGAGGUGCCAACUCAGGAAAGGGCGAAAGGAUUUUACUCAAGGCUCUUCCUAGUGAAAAAAGCCUCAGGUUCGUUAAGACCAGUUCUGGAUAUGAGAAAGUUAAACAAGUUUCUGAAGAAAAGAAGCUUCAAAAUGGAAUCUUUGGGAUCAAUAAUUCGUGCCAUCGCAGUAGACGAUUGGCUCACAAACAUAGACCUGAAGGACGCUUAUUUUCAUGUGCCCAUCUGCAAAGAACACAGGAAGUUCCUAAGGUUUGCGGUAGACGACACACAUGUUCAGUUUACGUGUCUUCCCUUCGGCCUUUCUCAAUCACCGAGAGUGUUCACAAAGAUUCUGGUGUCACUCAUAGCCGAGUUAAGAAAACAGGGAGUACCUGUAUAUCACUACCUGGACGACAUCCUAGUGGCCGCAACGUCGAAGGAAGAGUCCGAGGAACAUACGGAAAAGGUAGUAAGGUUCCUUCAAAUGCAUGGUUGGGUGGUCAAUACACAGAAGAGCAACCUGUCCCCAACAAAAUCACUGACGUUUUUAGGGGCGCAGUUUCGGACAGAAGAAAAUACAGUAAGUCUGCCAGAGGAAAAGCAGCGGAAACUGAUUCAAGCAGUAAAGGAUUUCAGGUUCCGGUCGACCGUGUCAGUACAUCACUGUCUAAAAGUUUUAGGUUUAAUGUCUUCCACUAUCCAGGUGGUGAAGUGGGCAAGGUGGCAUUCGAGGGGCCUGCAGAACUUUCUGCUAAGAAAGGUGAGGAUUCCACACAAAAAAC